AUCGACUCCUGCAGCUGUUUUCAAGCGAGAAAUAAACUGAGGAUAGGAAAACAAGGAUUCUGGGACUCCAGACCGCCGCUGGAGCUGACUGUGAACAAGGAAAAGGUCCAACCGAGCACAACCGCCGAAGAGCCAUGGAGCCGCCACCGCCGGGCGCGUCCGCCGGCUCGACACACAAGUUCCAUCCGUGCGAUGAGGCGGUGAUAGCCACCAACGACGAUGCCAGCGAUUGCAAGCGAUGUGCGGUGCGGCUGGGCUACUGGAAGGACGACUACAUCGGGUACUUUGUGCGCAACCAGGAGCGCAAGGCGCCGGAGAUCAACCGCGGCUACUUUGCCCGGGUCAAGGGCGUGGAGAUGUGCGUCGAGAAGUUUCUAAAGAAAACCUCGGGCAACUGCCAGAUCAUCAAUUUGGGCUGCGGCUUCGACACACUCUACUUCCGUCUGAGGGACACCGCCCACCAGGUGAAGAACUUCAUCGAGCUCGACUUUCCCACUGUCACCGCCCGCAAGUGCUACACAAUUAAGCGGAACAAGGCCCUGCUGGCCAGGAUUCACGACGAGGAUGGCGAGGUGCGGCUAAGUCCCACGGACCUCCAUGGGCCCAGCUAUCACCUGAUGGGCGUAGACCUGCGCAACCUCGACGAGGUGGACAACAAGCUGCAGCAGGCCGAAGUGGACUACUCCCUGCCCACCAUCUUCCUCGCCGAGUGCGUGCUCGUCUACAUCGAGGCGCAGAACUGCCGGAAUCUGCUAAAGUGGAUCGCGCAAAAGUUCCAGGCCGCCGUGUUUGUCAACUACGAGCAGGUGAACAUGAACGACCGCUUCGGCGAUGUGAUGCUGAACAAUCUGCGCGGGCGCGGCUGCAGCCUGGCCGGCGUGGAGUCCUGCCUGUCGCUGGAGACGCAGCGGAACCGCUUCAAGGACAGCGGCUGGACUGGCGCCCGCGCCUGGGACAUGGUGCAGGUGUACGAGAGCAUCUCGGCGGCCGAGAGGCAGCGCAUCGAGCGCCUGGAGAUGCUGGACGAGGGGGAACUGCUGCUGCAACUCUUCCAGCACUACUGCCUAGUGGUGGCCUGGCUGGGCGUCGCCUUCCAGGACAUAGAUAUCACGUGCGUGCCAGUCGUCGAGGAGUUGAUGUCCUCCCUGAACAUUGACUAGGAGCGUUGGCGGAUAAAGAGGAAAGGAUAAAGAGCAAACCCUUUGGAUUCACCGUUUAUUGACUCUGCUCUGCUCGGAAGGCCAUGCCAAAAGAUUUUGCUUCUCAACGUGUUAAACUUAACAACAAAUAAUUAUAAAAACCAUCGAAAUCAAAACGUAUUUAGAUAUUUAUCCCACACAGACCCACUCACAAAUUGCUAAAUUUGUAUAUUUUUAGUUGUUCCUUAAACAUUUUUCCUUGUUACAUUUCCUAAUAUUUAAUCGCUUAAUUUUUUUUUAAUCGCUCACCAAUUUAUCACCGAAUCGUGGCGUAGGUAUGCCAUCCAUUCAUUCCCAACUUUUAGUGUGCGUAAAACGUGUAAAUGUAUUUUGAAAUUAAUUAAAACAAAACUUGAUUGGAAAACAA